AUGGUCAAGACACUCCAGUUCGGCGAUCUCCAAGUCCCAAUCCCGGGCUUCGGCGCAAUGGGUCUCAGCUUCGGACUGGGUACUUCCCUCAGCUUCGAGGAAGCCGAGCCAGUUCUGUUGAAGGCAAUUGAACUCGGAUGCACAUUCUGGGAUACUGCUGUGGUGUACAGCGCCGGUGUUAACGAGAAGCUGUUGGGAGAUUUUAUUAGAAAGCACAACGUUCGCGACAAAAUUUUCAUCGCCUCAAAGUGUGGAUUCCAAGUCAUGGGAGGAGAUGGCUCUGUUACCAACUCUGCGGCACACAUCAAAGAGUACAUUGACGGCACCAUUGAACGACUUGGAUUCGCGCCUGAUCUCUACUAUCUCCACCGCAUUGAUCCUAAAACACCCUUGAGCGAGUCAAUCCCCGCCCUCGAUGAGAUCCGCAAGGCCGGAAAGACAAAGUAUAUCGGUCUCUCAGAAUGCUCCGCCGCCACCCUCCGCAAGGCCAACUCAAUUGCCAAGAUCGACGCCGUUCAGGCCGAGUACUCCGCCUUCGAGACACUUCAUGAAACAGACGGCUUGAUCGACACAGCCAAAGAACUUGGCAUUGCCUACGUUGCGUACAGCCCCUUGGGACACGGCUGGCUCGUUGACGACUUCAAAUACAACUCUCCUGUAGACUUCGCACCCGAUGACUUCCGUCGCACAGUCCCCAAGUUCCAGGGUGAGAACUUCUACAAGAACAAGGCUAUUGUAGAUGAGAUUAAGAAGAUUGCUGCGCGCAAGGGAUGCAAAAUUAGUCAGGUCGCGCUGGCUUGGGUUGCUUCUCAGGGACUUAUUCCUAUUGCUGGCACUACUAAGGCUGGUCGCUUGGAGGAAAAUUGGGCUUCGAGGGAUAUUGACUUGACGGAGGAGGAUAAGGUGGAGAUGCGGAGAAUCAUUGAUUCUGCUAAGCCUCAUGAUAUAAACGGCAUGGAGUUCCUCAUCAAAUUUGAAGAAAUUACGGAGUUUUCUGAAGUAGGUAAAGGUCCCUAA